CACCUCACCUUUUAUUACCAACAACUGGGGCGCAUACGUAAAUUCACUCUCACAUUUGGGCACAAAGUUUAAUGAAAUUCCCAAACUUUCCUCUUCAUGUUUUAGAAGCUUUUCUCCCCCCAGAAUCUCAAAAAACUUAGGGCAUUGCGUAUCGUUUAAUUAAAAACCUGGAUUUGCUCAUCAUCACUAGUAUUCUUCUUUCCUUGAAUUGCACUUUGGGCAAUUUUUGUAGCCAUUUGGAAGCUUCCCCUUUUGUUUUUAUUUUAUUUCCUUUGUUUUUUUUUUUGUUACAUUUCUCCAAGGUUUUGCUUUCAAGGUCUGCAUCCCGACGAACACUGUGAGCUUCCCCCGUCAUGGAUGUGAAUUCGACAUGAAAUUUGUGCAAUUCUCUAGCAAAAAGAUAUUGCUUUGAUAUACCGAAAUUAUGAAGCGGUUGAGAUCGAGCGACGAUCUCGAUUCUUAUGAGAAAAAUGCUAGCAAAGAAUUGAAUCAGAAUCAGAAUCAGAACAGAAAUCGGUCAUCUUUUCACCGAAGCAGCAGUAGCAGCCUUGGCUUUUACUACAAGCCGUCUUCAACCUUUGAUAGCAAUUCCCGGGCCAAAAGCAAUCUGAUCUCAUCGUCUUUGUCUCGUUAUGAUAGAGAUCGGUCCAUGGCUGAUGAGGAUAGCAGCAGGGAGAGGGAAAGGGAGAGGCUGGUCCGGAAGCGAUCAGAGCAUGAUUUUGAUAGCUUUGAUAGGCGAAAAGCAGGGUUUGAUCGGUACAGAGAGAGUGGUGGUGGUGGUGGUAGUAGUAGUAGCCUUCAUAGGUCGGAGAGCUUCUGCGGACCUCAUAGAGAGUUUCCAAAGGGGUUCCGGUCAGAAAGGGACCGAACUCGUCGUGAGAGUGUGUGUGGGAGCUCGUGGCGAAGGUUGGGAAUUGAUGACGUUAGAGGGAGUAGUAAGGUGCAACUGAGGGAUGUUAGGGAUGUGAGCUCACCUACAAGGUCAAGGGAUUCUUUGGGGGCAGGGAGGGUUGUUGGGGAAUCAAGGGAAAGGGAAGAUUUGAGGAGGAGAAGCACCAAGGCAAUGUCUACGUCAAUGUCAAGGUCGCCAACAUGGUCACGGGAUUCAGGCAGUGAGCAGUCUAAGAGUGUUGGUGGUGGAAUUGAUGAGACUAGAGGUAGUAAGGUGCAACUGAAGGAUGUUAGGGAUGUGAGCUCACCUACACGGUCAAGGGAUUCUUUGGGGGCAGGCAGGGUUGUUGGGGAAUCAAGGGAGGAGGAUUUGAAGAGGAGAAGCUCCAAGUCGAAGUCUAAGUCAAGGUCACCAACAUGGUCACGGGAUUCAGGCAGCGAACAGUCUAAGAGUGUUGGUGGUGGUGGUGGAGAGGAGAAGAAGAAUGAGGAAACCCUGGUGGAGAAUGGGACUAGUAGUGAGAUGGAGGAAGGUGAAUUUGAUCCUGAACCUCAGGCUAAGUGUGAAACUGAUUUGGCCACUGAAGCUGGAACCGGAAAUGAUGGGAAAGAGUCUUGUCAGAUAGAAAUGGAGAAUGUUGAAGGUGGGAUGAUUCCAAAUGUGGAAGCUUUAGAGGAGGUUAAUGAAGAGGGGGUGAAUAAAAGAGAAGGUGAUGUGAAGGAUGAUGGUGAGUUGCAAGAUUGUGGACAGAAUCUAAAUGGUGGAACUAAUGAGGUGGUGAAUAGAAGAGAAGGUGGUGUGAAGGACAAUGAUGAGUUGCAAGAUUGUGGACAGAAUUUAAGUGGUGGAACUAGUGGUACUGGGGAUAAGAUGGAUGAUGUGGCUGGUGGUGAAGUUGGAAAGGAGGAAGAAGGUGUAAAGGUUGGUGGUGAGAGUGAGUUAGACAGUGAAGAUGCACUUGCUAUGAAGUCAUCCUGUUUGGAAGGGAUUUGUAAGGAGAAUAAAGGGAUUAGUCUUGAGAUGCAGCUCGAGGAAUGUGAGGCAGCUGAGUCUAAUGAAGAAGUUGCGGAGGAAAAUGGUGAGCAUAAAAUAAACAAUCAUGUGGUCGAGAUAGGAUUGAGUCAGAAUGUCAAGGAUAAAGGGAAAGGAGUUGCUGUUGAAUCUACAAAUAUUACUGAUUCUGCAGCAAAUGGGGUAUGGAAUGAAAGGGAAUCAAAAGCUACAGAUCUUGAAACGGAAGGGCCUUCUAGGGGUUUUGAGUUGUUUUCUCAUUCUCCUGUUAGGAGAGUGGAAAAGCCAGAGCAGCCAGGUGCCAAUAAGAAAGAAGAGAAAUUGGCAUUUGAGUCUCUUGAUCUUUCUCUUAGUUUACCAAAUGUCUUGUUGCCAAUUGGUGCUCGAGAUACAGAUGAGGUUCCUGGCUCCCCUAGCCACGGGAGGAGUGUGCAGUCUUUAACAAAUACAUUUCGUACCAACUCUGAUGGGUUUACUGCAUCUAUGUCCUUUUCAGGUUCUCAGUCAUUUUACCAUAAUCCAAGUUGUUCUUUGACUCAGAAUUCCAUGGACUAUGAACAAUCUGUUCACAGCCGUCCCAUAUUUCAGUGUGUUGAUCAACUUUCUCAGGGAGCAUCGCAGUCUCAAAAUGAGUCUCGGCAUAAAGACAUUCCCAUGUUUCAGAGAAUUUUGAUGAAUGGCAAUGGGUCUUUCAAUCAUUCUUCAGAAUUACAGGGCAAUUCAAAUAGUCAGGCUGUGCAGGCACCAAAUAUGCACACUUUAGAUGGAAGCUCAAAGAUUCCCAAUGUACUUGAGCGGCAGUUAAGUUUACAGAAUGAUGUCAGGUCUCCUUCACAGAGUUUUGGGUCUCAUGAAAUCGCUUCAAAUUACAGCUUUGAGAAUAAGCGAGGCGUGAGAGAGAAGCAUGGAGGUAGCUUAUAUAGGAGCCGUAGCCAGAAAGAGCAAGAAAAACUUCUGCUUGGUGGAGCUGAUUGUGCUGAGAAUGUAAUGAGCAGUAUUGUUUCUGAGCCUAUCCUUGUUAUGGCUAGGAAGUUUUAUGAAAUGAUGGGACAGUCAGUUGCUUGUCUAAAAGACAACAUUCACAAGAUCAUGUUAGAUGCAGGUAAGCAGGGACAGCUACGUGCAUUGCAGGAGGCCCUACGGAACCGAUCUGAUCUAACCCUUGAAAUGCUGCUAAAAUCACAUCGGGGUCAAUUGGAAAUCUUGGUUUCCCUGAAAACUGGUCUGCCUGAUUAUCUUCGGGUAGAUGACAGAAUUCCAUCUUCUAAUUUGGCUGAGAUCUUUCUGAACCUACGAUGCAGAAAUCUCAUGUGCCAGACUUCUCUGCCUGCGGAAGAUUGUGAGUGCAAGGCUUGCUCAAAGAAGAAUGGUUUUUGUAGUGCUUGUAUGUGUCUUGUAUGUUCAAAAUUUGACAUGGCGUCCAAUACUUGUAGUUGGGUUGGAUGUGAUGUCUGUCUUCAUUGGUGCCAUGUUGAUUGUGGAUUAAGGGAAUCUUAUAUCAGGAAUGAACAUACUGCAGCUGAGGUGCAGUUUCAUUGUGUUGCUUGUAAUCAUCCAUCCCAGAUGUUUGGCUUUGUAAAGGAGGUUUUUCAGAAUUUUGCAAAGGAAUGGACGCUUGAAACUUUCUCCAAGGAACUUGAAUAUGUCAAGAGAAUCUUUUCCGGCAGCAGAGACUUGAGAGGGAAACGGCUGCAUGAAAUUGCUAACCAGAUGCUUGUUAGAUUGGCAAGAAAGUCUGACCUUUCUGAGGUUUACAGUCAGAUAAUGAGCUUCUUGACUGAUGCUGAUUCUUCCAAGCCUGACAAUACAACUGUUUUGUCUGGAAAAGAACAACAAGUCAAAGGAGUCAAUGGUAUGGCUGGACCGUGUCAGGAUGCUACAAGGCUCAAACCAGUUUAUUCCGAUAAAGCCCUUCAAUUGGAAAGCUCUUCUAGCUUGCUUCCUGGUUUCCAUGUUGACCGAACUGGGCUGUCUGAGAAACGGCCUUUAGAGUCAGAGUUGGAGAGGAGUGGUCAGAAGCAGCCAUUUUUGCCGGAACUGGAUAGCUUUGUAAGAAUCAAACAGGAAGAGGCCAAAAUGUACCAAGCACGGGCUGAUGAUGCAAGAAGAGAUGCUGAAAGCCUGAAAAGAAUUGCAAUCACAAAGGAUGAAAAGAUUGAAGAAGAGUACAAGAGUAGAAUUAAAAAACUACGCUUGGUGGAGGCUGAAGAAAUGCGUAAACAAAAGUUUGAAGAGUUUCAAGCUCUAGAAAGAGCUUACAGGGAAUGCUAUGGGAUGAAGACAAGAAUGGAAGCUGAUAUUAAAGAUCUUCUGUUGAAAAUGGAAGCCACAAGGCGAAACCUUGCCAUGUGAUAUGCUAAAUUGAAUGGUUCUUUGCUUUCAGUUAGAAUUGUUAUUGUAGGUAAUGUCAUUUUAGCGUAGAAAUUUCAGUUAUAUAAUGUGCGUACAUUAUGAUUUGCCGUUUAUGUAGUUUCUUUUUAAA